UCUGCGAGCUCGCGACCUCCCUCCAUUGGGAAAGCUCGAGCGCGACUGAGGGGAGAGAAAACAGACCCUCGCUAGCCUGGAAAACCUUCGAAACGGCGCGUUUAUCGCAGCUCAUGGAGCCGUGAGGUUCGAGCUAAGACAUGCACGGUACCGGCGGAGGAUAAAACGUCAGGUUCGCCUAACGUUGGGAUUUUUAAAGCGCCGCUAAACUAGCAGGGGGAGAGGCUUCAUUAGCGAGCUAACUGACGCUAGCAGUGAAGUGCGUGAAAACUUCGAGCCUGAGAGAGAAUUUGCCAUUGGGAUUGAAAACCGGGAUACCUCAACAGCGGUUUUUUUUUCUUCCAUCGCUUCCUAGAAGGUCCAGCUUCGUUUGACCGGAGGAACACGUAAAAUAAUCGCUUUGUUUACCGCUUGCACAAUUCCAGCAUUGAUUCGCCCAGAAAUGAGAUUAGAGAGUCGCUUUGUGAGGCCAGGCCAUGAACUCAAGCACAUCAGCCAAAACACUGAGCAGGCCUGUUAACUAGAGAUCUGCUUAUAUAAACUACUCACAUUUUGCACUCGAACCUUCUGUUGGUGGACUAACGUUGGUUUGGCUGCUGCUGCUGCUGCAAAGGAGAUCCGAGGAGUAAAGCUGCUGUUACCGGUCAUGUUUUGCAUGAAGACCGUGUCAAGAAUCGGGUGAAAGAGCGUCGGGAUUAUUGCUGUCUAAUUUUCGUUGCUGGGAUUUGAGACGCGCACAAAUACAGGAAUAAGAUGUCUAGUGCUAAGGAAAACACGUGUAGGAAAUUUCAAGCGAACAUUUUCAACAAAAGCAAAUGUCAGAACUGCUUCAAGCCUCGAGAGCUGCAUCUGCUGACGGACCAGGAUCUCAAUCAGGCCAAGCCGAUCUAUGGCGGGUGGCUGUGUUUGGCUCCAGAGGGGACGGACUUUGACAAUCCCAUGCAGAGAUCCCGGAAAUGGCAGCGGCGAUUCUUUGUACUUUAUGAACAUGGCUGCUUGCGCUUCGCUCUGGAUGAAUCGCCAAGUACGCUACCGCAAGGGACGGUUAACAUGAACCUGUGCACUGAUGUGAUCGACGCUGAGGCCAGGACCGGACAGAAGAACGCUCUGUGCAUCAUUACCCCGGAGCAGGAAUACUACAUACGAGGAGACAACAAGGAAAUCAUCAAUGGGUGGAGUGAACAGCUAGUGGUUUAUCCAAGAACCAACAAGCAAAAUCAAAAGAAGAAGCGCAAAGUGGAACCAGCAACCUCACAGGAACCAGGUCCAGCAAAGGUAGCGGUGACUGGCUCGGGCAUCCCGGAAGCAGAAAAGAUGCCAGACUCCAGUUCUAUCAUAUGGCAGGAGGAGCUGCAAAGCAGAGAGGCGGACGUGUCCCAGACGUGGUCCAGCAAUGAGAUGCCGCCUCUUGGCUCACCACUGACCUCUGCAGGUGAGGGCUCGAUGGUGAGCCGGUGUUCAGAUCAGAGCUCCGUGAACGGUGACGAGGUGGACCGGAGCGGGCUCUCCUUCCACUCGGCUGUUUCCCAGCCCUCUCAUGACCCCCUGUCGCCCACGGGCAGCUCGUCCAGCCGCCACAGUGCAGAGAUGGGGGGUGUCCCGCGCUGCCUGUCCCCUGCUCCUAGUGACCCCUUCCCAUCAGGCAGCAGCCUGCUGUCCAACGGCUCCCACAUCAGCGGCUCCAUGAGUUCUCUAGACUCGGAUGCCAGUGGCAGCACCGUCACCAGCACCGAAAGCCACCCGACCGAACCGCUGGGACGUGCACACCGCGCUCUAUCCCGGCGUGGAGACGUAGAGACCCGCAAGCCAGAGAAACGAAGCCGCCUGCGCAGUCCGGAAAGACAAGAGUCUGUGUUCAGCCCAGAGAGAAGUGGGCGCUCGAAUGUGAUCGAGAAGCUGGAGGCGUUGGAGCUGGAGCACGCUGAGAGAAUGGAGGUGGAGGAGAGAAGCGCUGGAGUCCGGCAGGGCCGCAGUGAAAUGAGACGAUUCCAGCGGGAGGAGCAGAAGAUGGACGCGGGACAGGGUUUAGACUUUCAUCCCUCCACCCUGCCGCCUCUGAGACGAGCUAAAUCGUUGGACCGCAGGACCACCGAAUCAGUCAUGACACCAGACCUGCUGAACUUCAAGAAGGGGUGGAUGGUGAAACUUGAUGAACAGGGCCAGUGGAAGAAGUAUUGGUUUGUGCUGACGGAUCACAGUCUACGAUACUACAAGGAUUCUAUUGCUGAAGAGGCAUCUGAUCUUGAUGGAGAGAUUGAUCUUAGUACAUGCUAUAAUGUAACAGAAUAUCAAGCUCAACGGAACUAUGGCUUCCAGAUUCAUACUCAAGAGGCGGUGCAUACGCUCUCCGCUAUGACUGCAGGAAUACGCCGCAACUGGAUCCAAGCGGUUAUGAAAAACGUUCGGCCGUCCACUGCACCAGACGUUGCCAGCCUGACGGAUGAGCAUGCUUCCUGCGGCCCGUUUGAGAGCCUUGUCCGGCCUGACAUCACUCAGGACUCCCCGUCCUCCGAAGCUUCAGUAGAGCGGGACGGCGGAUUAAAGAAGAGCCGCGCACGAGAACGGAGGCGAGAAGGACGAUCCAAAACGUUUGACUGGGCUGAAUUUCGUCCCAUCGCCCAGGCUCUGGCACAGCAGAGAGCGCAUGAAGCUGACACCUUCCAGGCUGAGCUAACCGAGAGAAACAAGAGGAGGGAGGAGAGGCGGAGGAGGUACGAGAGCGUCACCGGCUCGUCUUUUGAUCCUCCCGCUGACGCUGCAAAGAUGGACGUUGAGAGUGUGGCCGUGGUCCAGGUAGAUGCUCCACCCCUAUCGGUAGAGCGUCAGCAGAAAGUGGAGGAUGAGAUCGAGCAGCGUUGGCAGCAGGUGGAAAAGACACCCAUCAGGGAGGAGAGGAGGGUGCCAUUGCCCUCCACUCAUCAAAAUAGAGACACAUCAGAGCUGGAGAAACUCGUCGAGAGCUACAAAAAGGGGGUUGAAGAGCUGAAAGCUCAGCUGGAGAGCUGCCACCAGCAGCUAAUGGACUCCAAUCGGCACAAGCAGGAGCUGGAGGGUCAGCUCAAAAAUGCUCUUGAGCGUGAACAGCAGAUCCGUGCAGGUUACAUUUCACCGCUGGAGUCCCCUUUGAGUCUUGAGACAGAGCCCCAGAUGAAGAGGACUGAACUGGUUAGUUCUCAAGCGCAGAGCUUAACAAAGAAGUACCAGGAAACCAAAGAGCUCCUGCAGCUGCAAGAACUGAAAAAGCGCAACAUGCAGGCACAGCUUGGCCUUUCUCUCUCACACUGGCCUGCAAAGGAAUCUUAUCUUUCUGACACCAAAAAACCCACCACCUCCGAGGUCUGUCCCUCAAACUCCAUUCAAAAAACAGUCAGCUUUACGCUUCAGGAUAGCGAGGGAAAGAUCAGAGAGUUAGAGAGCUUGAUAGAUGCCAGUGAGCCUCUGACGUUACGGGAGCUGAUAAAGCUCAUGCAUUCGCAUAGCGAAUACGUUUGGGUAGAAAGUCCUCAAGGACAGGAAAGAAGUGAGUCAGUAGGAGAAAUGACGCAGAAACUGUUGGAGAACCUCAAGAACCAGCAGGAGAUUGAGAAUGAGACGAUGCGGAAAAGUUUGGAAAAGGCUGGAGACUGUAUACGGGACUACGAAGCUCGUUUGGUCACCAUGGAGGACAUUUUGGGAAGAGUCCAUAGGCAGAAAAUGGAGAGUCCGUUUGCGUUAGGUUGUUCGAGAGAAGACCACCCGGAUCUGUCGCAGCAGGUGGAGUUGCUCGCGAGCGAAAACGUAGCUUUGAAUCAGCGCUAUCAGGAAAUUGUGAACCAGUUGAGAGAAGCGGAUCGAGAAAUAGACAGGCUGAAAGCUGAGCUUUGUAGACUGCGUAGCAGUCAGCAGUAUCCACAGUCCAACGAGCAAGAAGACAAAGAGACCUCUGAGAAAAAUGUGUACGAACGAGAACUCUACGAAAAGUCGCAGAAGCUACAAGAGGCUCUUGUUAAAUUGGAAACUCUUGGUAAUAAUUUGAAAGAUACAGAGAAGAGAUUGCAACUUAAAGAAGCAACGCUUAGGGGUCUUGGAUUUCAGGUUGCAGAAAGUGAAAAAGACGAUAAAACGUUCGAUUUGGAGACAGACGACCUCAAGCGCCAAUUGGAGGUCCUUCAAUCCAAGCUUUCGGAGAAAGACAAGCAGCUUCAAAAUGCUGAGCAGGUCUGUAGAGAGCUUCAGUCCCAGAAUGCAAAACAUGAAGAGACAGCAAGGAUGUGUAGUCAGAUGCUUGUAGAUGCUCAGGAGGAAAUUAGGACGUUGAAAGAGAAGGCAGGAACUCAAGGAACGUUUGCUAGUGAAAGUGGGUGCCAAGAGAUGAUGCAAAAACUCACAAAUGAAGGUGUGAUUGAGGAAGUCGUGGAAGAGUUCGAGAGCAAGUCUAAGUCUCUUAAUCAUCUGCUUGACAUGUUGGUAAUUGGCAGUAAGACAGAUUUGUCCAACAUUGGCAUGGACACCAACAUUUUAGAUGAUAAUCAGGGAGGAGUGAUGGAGAUGUUUAAGGGAAUGAUUCUGCGUAAGGUUUUAGCUGGUUUAGACGACUGUCAGAAAGGCUCAGAGGUUGAGCAAACCCUAAGAAAUGUUGUAGAACGUAUUCUAGUGGAUAACAAAAUGCUGCUUCUUAUGAAUAAGCUCUCCAACCUCCAAGAACCUGCAUCUUGCCCCGAAGAAAGCGCUGGACAUGGAAAUGCACUGAGUGAAGAGACGAUGAAAUUGAAUCCAUGCAUCAUGAAGACUCUCGCUGAAGUUAUUCAGAAGAAAGUGGCGUUAUUAAAUCAAACUGCUUCGACUCUUAGGGAGCAAACUAAUGAGGAGCUCCAAUUGCUGGCUUUGACUCUUUCAAGCCGUGGCUCUCAAAGAACUUGGUCUGAGUACGUUCGUGAGGCCAUAAUGGACAUAACAUGCAUGUACUUUGUAGUUCUUGAGAACUUGCCAAGGACGAAACCAUUAGACUUGUCUGCAUGUGCAAAUUGUGCUGAUUUGAGAGCACAGCUUGAGUCUGAGAAGCAGGUGACGCCAAGCGUCCAGAGUCCAAUCGGUGUAACCCACAUUCAGAUUGAAGGAGAGCCGAUUGAUUCUCUGGACAAGGCUAUACAGCUUCAGGACACGAUGGCGAAGCAUAAAAAAGAGCUGCGGGAAUUAAAAGAGGCGUAUGAGCAAGAAGCAGAAAAGUUGAGGCGGGAAGUGGCCAAGGCUGGUGAGACACUGAGACUGAGAUCUGAGGAGAACGUGAAGGAGAUCGACUCACUGACUGUUUGCAUGGAGAACCUGAAGAAGAAGCAUGAGAUGGAGUGUAAGGACUUGAUAGCACGCUUCAAUCAAGAGAUGGAAGAGCUUACGGACGCCGUCGGCCCUGUCGUACCUGGAUCAGACUCGUCUUCCCUCAAAGCACGGAUCCAAAAACUCGUGUCCCGCGUGUCCGAACUGACCGAGGAAAUGAAUCUGCGAGAACGCGAUGGAGAUGCAACAUUGCUGCGUCUGAAAUACGAGAAAGACCUGGAAAACCUAAAGGCGACGUGUGAAAGAGGCUUUGCCGCCAUGGAAGAGUCUCACCAGAAGGUGAUUGAUGAGCUGCAGAAAAAGCACCAGCGGGAACUGGAGAAACUGCAGGAUGAGAAGGAGAGACUGCUGGAGGAGGAGACCGCUGCCACUAUAGCUGCUAUCGAAGCAAUGAAGAAUGCACAUCGGACGGAGCUCGAGCGGGAGCUGGAGAAAGCGCGCAAGGCCAACAGCAACACUGAAAACGCAGACAUUGAGGAAAUCCGCAAACAACAUGAGGAAGAGCUAAUGUCGUACCAGAGGGAGAUCGAGGUGUUGUCGGAGCAGUACUCGCAGAAGUGCUUAGAAAACGCUCAUCUAGCUCAGGCGCUGGAGGCCGAGAGGCAAGCGCUCAGACAGUGCCAGCGGGAGAACCAGGAACUCAAUGCACACAACCAGGAGCUGAACAAUCGUCUGGCGGCUGAGAUCACUAAGAUGCGAUCGAUGACAAGUGAGGACGGCGGAGACGCUGGCGGGGUCAUACAGGGGAAGGAGCUGUACGAGCUAGAGGUAAUGUUGAGGGUAAAGGAGUCAGAAGUGCAGUAUCUGAAGCAGGAGAUCAACUCUUUAAAAGAUGAGCUCCAGACUGCCCAAAGAGAUAAAAAAUAUGCAACCGAUAAAUAUAAGGACAUCUACACGGAGCUGAGCAUCGUGCGGGCCAAAGCGGAGCGCGAUCUGAGCCGAUUGCGUGAGCAGCUGCAGCAGGCCCAUGAUGCACUGGGGGAACCCACGCUGGAGGACGUGGAGCGCGGCGGUUACGAUAUCAUGAAGUCAAAGAGCAAUCCUGACAUUUUAAAGAUGGCGGCCGCAGCAGCCAAACGCUCCGAACGCACCAUGAGAUCGAAGUCUGUGAAUCGUGACAUGCCCUGGGACAGCUAAAGACUAAACCUGAAGACCUUUGACUUCUGAUUUUAGAGUCUGAAGGAAGGUUUGACGGCGGAGCAGAGACUUCACUUGUUUGACAACAAGGACACUAAGGACUUUUGACACGGACGCGUGGACCGGCCUCGCUGCAUGUUAAUAAAGAGCCGCGUAUUUUAGCCCAGUAAUUAAUCACUUAGAGACACACUGGUCACAGCUACAGCGUAUAUUAAACAUGGUAUGAAGUUUGAGUUUUAUGUCUAUAGUCUGCAUUUCAUGCACUUCAGUUACUGUGACGUUGUUGGUUUGUUUUCAUUGCCAUGUCUUAAUGUAAAUACUUUGUUUUUAAUGAAGCAUCUAUCAUGCGUACACUUAACACGACUGUGUAAGCUACUGUUUUAACUCUUUAGUUUGUGUGAAGUGGAGGAAGUUAACCCACGUAACGACUCGACACUACAGGUUAUCGGCGCGUUAACCGACAGCAGCUUGGAUCGGUUUUGCGCGUCGCCUCCAGCUCUUUAUUGUUUUAGCGAAAUGGGAUGCAUAAAAUAGCUGCAUUUAGUCGAGGCUUGCAUCAUUAACCGCUGACCCUCUGCAGCAUCUCUGAAUGAGUUCGAUAAAGGACCAUUUCUGAUGACUGUAAAACACACAGGAACAGACCUGGGAGGGUUUGGGCUGCUCUAAAGAAUAUUAAGUUUAUAUAAGGAAUAAUGGUCCACUCACGUGAAUGGGAGGUUUCUUUUUUUUUGUUUGUUUGUUUCUUCGAGCUGAUAAAGUCUGUAGUGUUGUUCAGUGGCAGUCCUUUGUAUUUAUUUAAAUGUUAUGAAUUUUUGUCUCACAUUUCCAUUCAUCUAUACAUUAUUGUAAAUAUACCGCAAAUGUACACGAACUGACAACAGGUUUAUUAGCAAUAAAUAUUUUUGCACCCUCUGUU